AUGAAUCCAAUGCAAGAUAUCAAAGUUCCAGUUGAAGUUGACCCCAACGAAGACACUGAAUGGAAUGAUAUACUAAGAUCCCAUGGUAUUAUUCCUGAAAAACCCCCAAGUCCAACUUUAGAAUUGGAAAACGCUUUGGACGAAGCCAUUAAGAAACAGCACGAGAAUAGAUUGGAGAACAAAGAGUUAGAUGAAUUAGAUGAGUUAGAAGAUGAAGAAGAUGAAGAGUUUUUAAACUUUUAUAAGAACAAAAGAAUGAAUGAGUUGAAACAAUUCCAAAGUAAAUUGAAAUUUGGUCAAGUUUUCCCUAUAACGAAAAGUGAAUAUGAAAAAGAAGUUACUAAUGAUAGUGAAAAUCAAUUUGUUAUAUUACACAUGUCGUCCGAAUCGUCAUUACAGAGUAGAUUGUUGUCUUCAAUCUUCACCCAAUUAGCUAAAAAGUUUGCUGAUGUCAAAUUCGUUGAUAUCCCUGCCAGAAGAUGUGUUGAGAACUAUCCUGAAGCUAACACCCCAACUAUCUUAAUUUAUAGAAACAAGAAUGUCGUUAGACAAUACAUAACAUUAACUGAGUUAGGUGGGAAUGAUUGUAAUUUGAAAGAUUUGGAAAAUGUAUUGAUAAAGUUCAAAAUCGUGGAUGAGUUCGAUAAGAGAUUGAUCAUUAAUCAAGAAGAAGAUUUCGACGAUAGAAAAUUGAAAUUCACUAAAAGGUCUAUCAGAAAUGAUGAUGAUGAUGACGAUGAUUUCUAUGAUUAG